UGAGUGAUUCACAGCUCUACCGCCAGGGGAAGAACCCCUGCCUGCACCAGCAGGCUCAUUAGGAAAUCGGCAGCUCCAUCAACCACCAGGACCAAGCAAACCCUUUCUGCAACUUCCAGCUGCGAAAUCCCGGCUCACCCAGCCCAGCCGACCCCAGGCUGCAGCUCCUCCAGCACCGACUCGCCUACAUGAGGCUGAUGGGCACGCAAUAAAACCCCAACCAGCCGGGCUCUGGCUAAGAAGAAAAGCCACCUCCCGCCACUGGUGAAGAUCCCGCAGCCGGUGGAGAGUGUUAAGCAUCGUGUUCUGCAGGCCAUACCCUCACGCUGAAAGUUUAGUGGCUCUCCGGAGGAUCAGUAGCCUGGACAUCCAGAGGCAGCACACUCAUCGUGUCCCGCUGGAGGAAGGAAACUUACCAGAGCCUAGUUCUUGUCCUAUCUUUGAGUCAGUGGCUGAACAGGAGAUCCAGGACAGGUCUUCAUUGCAGCCGAAGGCAUCACGAGACAGAGUUUGUCAAUUCUCCUAGUCAGGGGAGAAGAGACAACUCUGGCAGCAGGACUUUAAAAUCUGCCCAGCUAAAUGCAGGCAGCAUCUGGUUAAGCAGAGCUACCACUACCGGGAGGUUGAGAGAGAACAGCCUAGCACCAUCUGAGCAGGUUCACUGCAAUCUCUCUCUCCCCCUGUGUCUCUCCCCCUCCCUUUCCCUAGCAUCAUUAUAUCACCGCACUUAACAGAGAGUGAGCACAGAGCUGAGAAACCCCAGACUAUGGGUCAGCCCGACUGAGGAAUUACGUGCUAAAAAGACUUUCUCAAUUUACUGGAAAGCUUAUUGUAAUCAUUUGAAAAUAGCCUGGCCAGGAGUACUCUCAGCAUCUAGACCCUAGGGGGGAAAAUAGGAUUAUUGGAGGGGCAAAGAUGCCUUUCACUGGGUGGAUAGUAGGUUUUCUCCUCCUUUGUGAAGCUUCCUUUGGUCUCUACUUCCCUAGGAAAGAUUAUUCUGAGACUGUCUACAUUGAUCAGCCAGCGGGUACGCCGCUACUGCACAUCCGUGCCUUGAGGGAUUCACAUGGGGAGGUGGCCCACUUUCAGCUGUGCCAGCAUCUCUUUAUCUAUCGCGUUGGAGCCUAUGAAAAUCAUUGGUUUCAAAUAAAAGAAAAAACAGGGCUUCUCUACCUCAAUAAGAGUCUGGAUAGAGGAGACUUCGAUAUCUUGUUUGGAAAAAAUUGGAUGUCAUUACCAAAGGUGACAUUUCAUGUCUACCUUUCACCCCAGCCCUUCCAAGGGAAGGAAUGUGAGACCCCCACUUCUGCCCUGGUGCAUCUCUCCAUCAUCAACGCCACUGUACCAGCUUGCAAUGCUCUGAUGUCAAGGGAGCUUUGUUUCUCAGAAAUGGAUCUCUCCUUUCACAUCAAGGAGAAUAAACCACCUGGCACAUUUCAUCAGCUCCAGUUACCCCCAAUACAUUACCUAUGCCAGAAUGUCAGCAUUUCCUACAAAUUACUAGCAGUUGAAGGGCUGCCUUUUCGUUACAAUGAGAACACCACAGGCGUGAGUGUUGUGCAGCGUUUGGAUCGGGAAGAAAGAGAGAGGUAUGAGCUGAUCGCCAAGUGUACAGUGAGAGAGGGCUCCAAGGAGAUGCAGGUCGAGGUGCCUUUCCUGGUCAAUGUGUUAGAUGAAGAUGACUCUGCCCCCUUCCUUCCCAAUGGCACUAGCACGACGGAUGCUGUUGUGGAGUUCAACAGAAAAGAGGGAACUGUCCUAGCCACACUGACUGUGUGUGAUGCAGACACCACACCUAUUUUCCCCAUUGAAAGCAGCAGAAAGAAGUACACAGGCACCAUCAGUACAACUGAUCCAUGGAUUAGCGAAACAUUUCGGGUGGAUCACAUCUUCCACGAGAUCUAUUUCAGCCCCAAUGGCAGCCAAGUGAGGGGAACGCUGCAUGAAUACAGACUGAUGCUGAAUAAAAAUAUUUCAGUCACAGAGAACCGUUCCUUCCAGUUGGAUGUUUUGGUGAAUGACACAGAGUUUCAUGGCCCUGAAAGAUCUGUGAUGCUCCACUUCAAUGUCUCCAUUCUUCCCGUCAGCAUUCAGUUCCCUAAUAUGACUUACCAGUUCACAGUGAACAGAAAUGCUGAACGUUUUGCACAGAUAGGUAAAAUCUGCAUCGAAAACUGCAUGAAGUUCUGUGGAGUAAACAUCACCUACAGGUUGCUGUCUCCCAAUGCCAGCUGCUAUGCUGUAGGGAUACUUCAGGGCCGAGAGGACAAGUAUGGAAGCCUCUAUGUGAAUGACUCCUCUGUGCUACUCAGACCUGAAUGCAAAGAAAUUCAAUACACCGUUGUAGCCUCAGACAAGCAGAGUAAGAAGCAUGCCAAAACCCAGCUCACUAUUACGCUGGAAGGAACAAUUAUUAAGAAAGAAGAGGACUGCCCUGAAUCUUGUGCCAUUAAUAAGCACCGUGCUGAAUGUGAGGAGUGUGGUGGCAUAGGAGUGCUAACAGGAAAAUGCCAGUGGAGACAGGGAAGUGGAAAAGGAAUCACCACAAAUUAUUCUACCUGCACCCCAAGCAUCAGGACUUGUCCAGAUGGCAUCUGUGACAUUAUAGAGAGCAAAGAUCCAGCGGUGUGCCCCCAAGAUUGCACAAAUGGAAACAUCAUUGGUGGUCAUGAGAGAGGCGCUCAUGGAAUUAAAUCAGGACAUGGGGUUUGUUACUGCUUCCCAAGACAAAACUGUUACUGUGAGAAAGAUGAUAUUAAAGAGCCGCUGUGUGAUGACGUGUGCAAGACCGUGAUUGCAGGGGCAGUUCUGCUCUCCUUCAUUAUCUCAGUGCUGCUCUCUUCUUAUUUCAUCCACCGUUACCACAAGAAUUCUCCAAAGCCACCAAUUGCCUCAGCGGAGAUGACCUUUCGGCGCCCAGCCCAGUCCUACCCCAUCAGUUACUCUUCUACAAAUGUCCGUCGGCCAUCUCUGGACUCUAUGGAGAACCAGGUGCCGGUUGACACCUUUAAAAUACCGGAGGACCCCAAAUGGGAAUUCCCCCGGAAGAACCUGGUUCUAGGCAAGACACUAGGAGAAGGAGAAUUUGGAAAGGUCGUCAAGGCAACAGCAUUCAGACUCAAGGGGAAAGCAGGCUACACCACGGUGGCAGUGAAAAUGCUAAAAGAAAACGCUUCCCAGAGUGAGCUGCGAGAUCUGCUGUCAGAGUUCAAUCUCUUGAAACAGGUCAACCACCCUCAUGUCAUCAAACUGUAUGGAGCAUGCAGUCAGGAUGGGCCUCUGUAUUUAAUUGUGGAAUAUGCAAAGUAUGGUUCCUUGCGCAGUUUUCUCAGGGAAAGUCGGAAAGUAGGACCUAGCUAUGUGGGCAGUGAUGCCAACAGAAAUUCAAGCUACUUGGACAACCCAGAUGAGAGAGCCUUAACAAUGGGAGAUCUGAUCUCAUUUGCAUGGCAGAUAUCUCGGGGGAUGCAGUACCUGGCAGAAAUGAAGCUCGUUCAUCGUGAUUUAGCAGCCAGAAAUGUAUUGGUGGCAGAAGGACGCAAAAUGAAGAUUUCUGAUUUUGGCUUGUCCCGAGAUGUUUAUGAAGAGGAUUCCUAUGUCAAGAGAAGCAAGGGUCGAAUACCUGUUAAAUGGAUGGCAAUAGAAUCCUUAUUUGAUCAUAUCUAUACAACACAAAGUGAUGUUUGGUCAUUUGGAGUUCUGCUAUGGGAGAUUGUAACCCUGGGUGGUAACCCUUAUCCUGGAAUUGCUCCUGAAAGACUCUUUAACCUCCUGAAAACUGGCUAUAGAAUGGAGAGACCUGAAAACUGCAGCGAAGAAAUGUAUAACUUGAUGCUGCGAUGCUGGAAACAGGAACCAGAUAAGAGGCCAACAUUUGCUGACAUCAGCAAAGAACUGGAGAAAAUGAUGGUGAAGAGUAGGGACUACUUAGAUCUUGCAGCUUCCACACCCUCUGACUCCUUACUUUAUGAUGACGGGCUCUCAGAAGAGGAGACACCACUCGUGGACUGUAAUAAUGCUCCCCUCCCUCGAACCCUUCCCUCCACAUGGAUUGAAAACAAACUCUAUGGCAUGUCAUACCCGAACUGGCCUGAGGAGAGCCCCGUUCCACUCACAAGAUUCGAUGGCACUAACUCUGUGUUUUCAAGAUAUGCAAAUGAUAGUGUAUAUGCUAACUGGAUGGUUUCACCCUCAGCGGCAAAAUUUAUGGACAAGUUUGAUAGUUAAAAAUUUCUUUGUGAAAGGUAAUGGACCUAAUAGGGGAGCAAACAUGCAAAGAAUGGAAAGUCCAUUGGCUCAUUCUUUGUACAAUUAAAACUGGUUAAACCAACAUUAAUUUCUCAAAUGGCAAACUCUUUUUUGGUAGUUUCUCAAGUGGUUUUACGCAUGAUCAAGACUAUAAUUGAUUAUUUCCUCUUUCAGGAAACAUAUCAAACUGGAUAAAAGUUGUAGUUCCAGUACUUAUUUUUCAGUCCACCAUUCUGCACAUAGUCCAAUUUGGUAACUGUUUAUUGCAAAUGGCUGUGCACUUCAUGCUUACAGUUUUUUAGGUCAGCUGUCCUGCAUUACAGCUUUCUUGGGUGGGAAAAUGUUGUUGUACUUGAACUGCUACUUUUCUGGUUAUUAACAAAAGGCCACUUGAUCUAAGCAAGAAGCACAAACAGUAUACGUGGGGGGGGGGGGAACAUUUGGCUCAAAAUAACUGAGCUUGCUAUAGAAUCUGAAGUGUUACCAUGAUGUUGGCACUAAUGAAGCCUGUAUUUUGGUUUCGAAGCAAACGUUAAGUAACUCAGUAGGGAACUUGAGAGUCAACAUUUGAAGUCCUGAAAAGCUGUAAAAAUGUCGUGUCUUGUCUUAAUGAGAAAAGAGUUUGUUUUAUUAUGUUUAAACUAUUCUUACCUUUAGCACAAUGGAGAUAAAUUUGAUACUAGAUAUACUAUAUAGACUGAUGUCAAUCAAGAGUGCUCACCUGACACAACUUAUUUUCCAUCACAUCCAUUUUACUAAUGUUAUAAUGUCUGUUGUACAAUCAUCAUUCUGUUUGAGUUCAGUGUAGACUGUACAGGAUAUUUUGAACUAAAUUAAAGCAAAGAGAUUUUGUUUGCAGUCACGUUCAGUGAGUUGGAGUCUUCCUCUAAGCUCAAAAUCUGAUUCUACAGUCCAAUACAUUGCUAACAUAGGAUAUCACAGUGACAUCAUUCCAAAUAAAUCUUCUGCCUUGCAAGUCACAGGUAGACAACCCUUUUACUUAGCAUAACUUAUCUGAUGCUUUUAUUAUUAGUUAGUUAAUUAUUUCCUACAAGCAGGGGAAAAAAUCACGUGAUUUUGUUAAGGGUAAAUUUAAUUCAAAUGAUGUGCAACCAUAUUGACGUGGUAUUUAGGAGAAUGAUCUGACUCUUAUAGAGCUUACAUGGAAGGGAAUAAAUAGGUUGGCAGUACUUUUCUGUCUUUUACUUGAAAUUUAAUAUUGUUGAAGAGAAUAUUUUUUGUGUUCUAAAAAUGUUGGACCAUAAACCCAGAGUGACAUGUUGUUACCUGUGUGAUGGCUAUUCUUAAAGAAUCCAAUUCUACCAAAGCUUGUUCCUGUCUCUUAAAUUCCAGUUUAGCUGUCUUCAUGUGUUUGUUUUGUGUGUCGGCACAGUGUGUUUCCAUUAAAAUCUGUGAUUUCAGAAGUAAAUGAGUCAGAUUGCCAAAAACUUAAUGCAGGUCUUCAUACAAACAACAGAAGUCCAGCUGCAAAGCGCUGUGUUAGUAUUUAAAGCCUGUUUUAUAAAGGAAUAUUGUAUUUGUUUUCAGAUGAGCCGUAGCAGUGUGAAUUUUUCUUUGUGUAAGCUAACCACUACACUAGGUACUCUGUGCACAGCAUAAAGAUGCAGAGGAAGAGAAGGUGUCAUGAGUGUCAUUGUGAUACAACAGUGGCCUCUCAAAUGCUUCUGGAGGUGCGGCACAGCCCUCAAUACACUGUAACAAUGCACGUCAAAUAAGUAUAAAAUAAAUGCAAUGGAAAAAUUAAACCCCCAUUACAUGGGCUUUUUCUGCACUGGCACUGAGAGAGAAACUAGGUACAAAUGCCAUAACAACAUAAGGGAGGUCUACAAUCAGUGACAGCUGCUGUGGUAGCUUUCAGUGUUACUCAUUAAAUCUGGCCAUACACUGGUUCCCCACUAUUUUAGUUCAUCAGUGAGAAAUCUCAAUUCUUCAUUUGUCACAAGCAAUCCAGGGAGAUUUUUCAUCAGCGACAGCAUGUGACAGAAAUUCCUAAACUAGAACAAAAGUCCUCCAGGCAGAGGUACUUUACUCCAGUUUCUACUUGGACAGAACCUGUGGCAAGUGUCAUUCUAAGACAGGUGAGUGAGACGACAAGUGGUAUUGAAAUAACCAACUGAUGGAGAAAGCACUGAGUAUCAUUGUAUUUCAAACUCUGAGCAUCAUCCCCUGCUUAGUUCAAUUUACCCCUAUGAAAACUGGGGUUCCCAGUCACAUUUAUCAAAUUUUCUUAUGCACACAUCUGAUAUAGGUGCUGUAUAGAACAGCAAAAAGUAAUUACAUUUAUGCCACAGAUAAUUACCCGCCUGCCCACUUUCUCAAGCAGAGCUGAAUGAAUGAUUCACAAUGAACAAUUUAUAAUCCAACUAAUUUAGCCUUCCUUAUUGUUCCCAGAAUAUCUGUAAGAAGCAGAUUGUGACUUCCUUGCAUACAUUCAUUAUUUGGCAUUUUUUAUUUCCACACUAUAGAUUCAUUGUGAAUGGUUCACGUGGAGCGUUUGAUAUUUGUUCCGUAUUGGUUAGUUAUGAUUAAUGUCACAAGGUAUUUCAAUUCUCUGACUGGAUGAAAACGAAUACACUUCUGGAAUGAAUACUCACAUGAAAAUUCUAGUUUUAGUUCCCACUAAUGUUAGGGACAGUAAAACUCAAGUACUUCAUAACUUGAUCGAUUUUUAUUUUAAGGCCAGAAGGGGUCUUAUACAGAGAGGUGUGAUUACAUGAUCUAGCAGGCCACGACAUUUCACCUAGUUCCCCCAGUACUGAGCCCAGUAAUUUAUGUGUCCUUGCUUUCUCUCAGAAAACUUAAAAGGAGCAUGAGAAAAGCCAACAUGAACUCAUUUAUAUAUUUGAGGGAAUAGUGACAGAAAAUUCUUCCAGCUCUACCGACAUGUCAACAAAAACUACAUCACAUAAACAUUGUACGCUUGGGGUUCUGUAGGAUGUGGCCAGCUGUAGAAAUGGGUGAAUCCAAAGGCAUUUUUCUCUUCAUAAAGACACCAGGAAAUGAUUUUAAUGUACAUUUCUUUUCUAUGUGCAAACGUUUUUCUUAGCUGUGAUCCUUAAAAUCCCUCAUGUAAAUGUAUGGCAGCUGAUACAAUAGACUGCAGCCCGUCACAUAUUUUAGACAACUUUACAAAUAUGCAUUCUUACCAUUAAAUCAUGAAGGGUCCAAGAUGGGCAUCCUGUUUUAUUCAUUGUAUGUGGUAAAAUAAUAUUAAAUUGGAAAUAUAAAGUGUAUACAUACAGCUAAUGGGUCUGUCUUUUAAAAAUAGUAUUCAAGUGCAAUACAAUAAGACCAUUUUUGUACUAAUUGCUUGCUAUAUUUAAAAAAUUUAAAUCAAUCACAUUUGAAUAAUAAAACCACUAAAAUAUUCCAAAAUAGACCAUUGUUUUAUAUAAAAAAUAUGAUUUCAAAAUGAGCCAGCUAAUUUGCCUUUUUUCAUUCAAAAAAACACCCACAUUCUAAAAUCUUCUAUGCAAAAUUACAGUCCACACAAUUCUUAAAUCUAUUACAGGGUUUAUAAUGAAAACACUUUGAAACUCCUAAUUGUACAAUAGCAAGGAGGCCCUGAUAUAAUUUCACCAUCUUCCUUGUGGCUUAGCCAGUCACACAAUACUAGCUUUAAUCUGUUUUUUUUUUAAGUGUACUUGUCUGAAAUACUUUUCAAAAUUCUCCUGGAGAUACAUUAAAUAGUUAUGAAUCUAUUCUGACUGACUUUAAUCCACCCUAAAUUGUGUUUUCCAUAUUCCAGCCAAAUAAGUAUGUAGGAAAGUGUGCAUGUAUACGUGUGCAUAUGUGAUAUUCUCUAUAUAGGCCUCUCUCCAUAUCUAUAGAGAUAAAAAAAACAAUAUAUCAUAUAAAAUGUGAACAUAAAUACAAUUGACCUGGGUAUACUUAAAUACAGAUACUAUAAACACAUACACACAACUUGUGUCUUAUACACAGCUUCUGCACUCUUCAAAUGUUUAGUCCUGAUUCUGUUCAGGCCAAAUUCCUAUUGAAUUCAGUCGAGAGGUUGUGUCUGUGUAAGCAUUACAUGAUAGAUCCAGUCAACAGUGCAGUACAGUAGUCACCAUAAAAAGCCUUGACAAUUACAGUCGUAUUUGUGAUAGUCUACAAUGCAAAGAUAGGGAUAUUGCAAAAAAAUACUGUAAAGUUAGUUUUAUCUGAAAAUACUGAUUGUACUGUUUUAAUGAUCAUUUUGCUAAGCUAAAAUGUAUUAGUAAGGUUAGAAAUGAUGCAAAGUUUAGGUGUUAAUGAAAAUGCAAUAGAUUUUAUGUGUAAGGAUAUUUUCUA